AUGCAUCCCAACUGCAACUCGAUCACCUUCAUCGCUCUUGUCUCGCUUCUGUGCAGCUUGACAAGCUCUAUGGACGACGCUGUGUUAGCUGAGGAAUGUCUUCAGGUCAUUCGCCUCUCCUUGAAAUCCUCUGACAGCCUCGUCGGAACCCUCGCAGACACUGGCGGCAUACCGCAGUCGGAACAUAUACGCAAGAUCAUCACAGCCAUCCUAUGGCACCGCAAGUUCAUCUUGACAUAUUAUGCAUGGAUCAUCGUCGCUGUUGCUGUUACGGGUACGCUUCGUUUCUACAAGAGGGCAGCGCCCCGACAUAAGAGAAGGGACAGGAAUGAUCAGAGGCUCAACAACCAUGGGUUUACUGCACCCAGCUCGUCGUCGUCAUCAUCAAGCGGUACAUUGACCGGGACAAGUACCCCUAUGCAGAAAGAAGACGGUCUCGACAAUGAGGAGGUGAAGCCGUUGCUAUCUGAGUCACGGCCAGAUUCUCGGAGACGUCCAGCUCUUCUAGAUCGACUGAAGUCCUUCUUGAUGUUCCAGCCUCGACCCGUCCCUGCACUGACGUCUCCCUCGAACACCCUCCCCGACAACGCCACCACCCUUGCCGUCACCUUCUUUCUUGCUGUCAACCUCUUCUAUCUCUUCUACCGCGUCCCACUGUCGCUGCCAUGGAUCUUCAUCCUCGCCGAUCGAGCUGGUCUGCUUUUUGUUGUAAAUCUCCCCGUCCUCUACUUUCUGGCCGCCAAAAACAACCAACCCAUCAAAUACCUUACGGGAUGUUCUUACGAGGGUCUCAACAUCUUGCACCGUCGUCUUGGUGAGUGGAUGACCUGCUUCGCCGUCAUUCACAUGUGUGGGAUGCUUACUGUUUGGUACACUAUCCUCCGCCCCUUCGGAUUUUCCAUGCUCCGCUUCCUCAGUUCGAAAGUCGUUUUCCUCGGCCUCUGCGCGGUGAUGUCUUAUUAUGUUAUCUAUCUUACAAGCGUUGGAUGGUUCCGCCAGCUAUACUACGAAGCUUUCCUGGUUGUACACAUCAUUGUCCAGUUCACCGCUCUGGUGUUCCUAUUUUUCCAUUACCCUACAGCUCGCCCCUAUGUCAGCGCAGCCUUCGCCGUCUGGGCCAUCGACAGGCUCCUUUGGCGCAUGACACUGUCGUCUCGAAAAUUCAUUGCCACAUUAGAAGCUGCCCCGGAUGGCCAUACCGUUCUCGUCCACUGCGAGAUCCCCUUGGACCACCGAAGAUCGUCAUUUUUCGGGAUACAGACGAGUCUCCACCAUGGGUGGCGUGCCAGUCAGCACGUGUUUCUCACUAUUCCUUCAAUGGGCUUCAAGUACCGUUUUCAGGCGCACCCAUUUACGGUUGCUUCACCUGCUCCACCAGAAAAUACAGCGGCCAUCAAAUCAUGGCCUCUCCAACUCACAAUCCGCGCAAUAGACGGGUUCUCCCGUUCUCUGCUCCACUACGCCCGCCACCAUCAACACUGCGAAAUUGUCCUCGAUGGUCCUUACGGCAGCACCUCAGCCCUAGCUGCGGCAAAUCUGGCGGACCGUGUGCUCUUCGUUGCCGGAGGCAGUGGGAUCGCGGUUACCUAUCCUCUUUCCUGGGCAAUCCGUGUCCGAAAUGAGGGCAAUGACGAUGCCGGCCUUCUGAGCACAAGAAUUGCUUACAAGAACGGUGUGAAGACGAUCCCAGCCGUCGUGGCGGAUUCAACUCCAUGGGUAUCCGACUCGAAGUAUGCACAUUUCUGGGUAAGGCAGGAGAAGCUGCAUGGACAAUGGAUCUGCGCGGUACCCCGAGCGAGCGCGGUGAAACUAAGCUACGAAGACGAAGAUGCCUACGGGGCGAUGCGCCAUCCUGCUGCACAGCCAGGAUGUGAAGAUGACGCCGUGGCUUUGGUGACAAGGACCUUCGACACACGAUCUCCGGGCUGUGAAUGUGGCCGCCCGGAUAUGCAGAGCGAGAUCUACAGUUGGAUCACGUCGGUCUCCUCGUCCAUUUCGGGGGCCCCAUCUAGAAUUGCUUAUUACUCAACGCUGUCCUCUUCCUCAUCGUCGACGGCGCUAGAGGAAGGCACCCCAGAAUCAAAUCCUGCAUCUUCAUCAUCCCUGCUCCAACCACCAGCGCUGCAGAAUUCCAAUCCCAAAACCAGAGAUACACCUUACUCUCCCUCCACGCUGAAGGACGGAAAAAAGACCCAGGGCGGGAACAGGGAGAAGAUCUGCAUCAUCGUCUCCGGCCCAGACGGUCUCGUGCGCGACGUGCGAAACGUCGCUGCCGAUCUUGUCCGGCAAGGAGGCUGGGACAUCGAUGUCUGGGCUGAGAAGUUCGGGUGGUAG